AGCGAUUUUGGGCUAUGCGGUGUUCUAGUAAUUUUGUUGUAUUUAUUGGUGUCUUAUAAAUUUUUUAUGGGUAUAAUAGAAUACACUGAGUCACUGCCUGUUAUAUCCUCUAUUUAUGGGCUUACCAGCAAAAGUACGUUAAGGUUUCCUAAAUAUGCAUUAGGAAUUGGUGCAUUGCUAGGUGCAGGUAUUCUUAUUAGAACUGGCACUGGGAAGAGGGUUUUUAAUGAACUGUGGGAGGUUGGUUUUAGUGAUAAGAAAGGAAGUAGUCUUCCGCCGCAGGAUAAGCCCCUUCCCACUGUAUUUAUAGACAUAGAGGAGGUUUUACUUGAAAAAACCUGGUCAUUUUUCAUUCUUGGGUAUGAGUAUAAGAUUAGGCCAAAUGCUGGUGCGUUCUUAUUUCAGCUGUCAAAUGAGUAUGAAGUAGUUGGCGUAUCAUCGAUGCCAAAUGAAAUAUCAAAUGAAAUACUUAAAGUACUUGAUCCAUAUGGCUGCAUAAAGUACAGAAUGUAUUUACCAAAUAGAGAAAAGCUGGACUUAAACUGUGUUAAUAGGGACAGGCGGUCAAUCAUUCGCAUUAGAAAUUGCAAAACAUCUGGAGAGAACGAUUUGUGCAUUGAUAAGUGGAAUAAUGAUUUACAGAUAAAUUCAGAUACAUUAAUGAAUACGCUUGAUUUCCUUUUAAAUCUGAAACAGCUUGAGUCAAGUGAUUUCCGCCAUGUAAUUAAGUCGUAUAAAAACAAGAAUUUUGAGAGUGCAUAUGGUGAGAUACAGCGGUCUAUCUAUCCUGCAUCAAGACAGUAUUUUUUGUUUAAAACUCCAAAUGGUGUAGAAGAAAAAAUUAAAAGCAUAAAUAGAAGUCGUAUUGAGGAAUAUGAAAUAGCAAGGGAGUACAUUGAAAAUAAAAUGAAAAUCCAUAAAAUACAGAGUAGUAAUAAAAAGUAG